UUCCUCAUUGGCCUGUAUUGUAUUCUUUUACUGGGGAUUCCUUCAAUAAAAUACUAUUCAGGUAGGGCAAGGAGUUCGGCCGUCGCUUUUUUGUCUUGAAAUGAAUAACAUUUCAAGUAACAGGGCUGUCUCAUUUGCUCUGUCGCAUUGGUAUACCUUCAAAUGAAUCGCUGUGCGUUGUUGCCUUCAAAAGCAUCGCUUCCGCGAAGGGUUUGGUACUUCUUUACAGUUAGGAAAAUUCUUAAAAAAUUGAGGUGCAAAAAAAAGGUUUUAUUUGAUUGUUUGCUGAAUGAUCAUUUGUUGGAUUUUUAAUGUUUGUUUUAUCCCUGCUGCAAUAACUCUGGCGAAAAUAAGAUGCGUAAGUCAAUAGAUGAAAGAGAUUUUAGAAUGGAGUGGAUGCUAUGCAAACCCAAAAUAUUCAAGAGCAACGUUCCCUCCAUAGUGUCAUCACAUUGAAUGGAAAACUGCAAAUAGACGGAAGCCUUUGUGGACUCAGACCGAGCACUUUCAUUAAGAGCAUACUUUCAAGGGAAAAUGCCCCAAUAACUUAGUUCUGAAGAUAACUCUUCUUUAGAAGUAGUAAUUACUUGAGCGCAUUUGACCAUUGAUUCAUCUUUUGGAUGAGAAUAUUAUGAUUGCAUUUAUAGGUAAGGAAGGUACAGUAAUGCCAAUGGAUGAAGAAGGAGAUAGUGUCACACCUGAACCUAAUAAAACUACUCAUGCUAUCCCUCCCAAAACUUCUACAGUGACUGUGGCAGAUGAAGCUACAGAUAACAAUGAGAAUAUUGCAAAUUCUGAUGUGGUGCAUGUUUUACCUCACAUUAGAAAUUUGAGUUUGGAUAGGGACAUGACAGAAAAGAAGUAUGGUGAUCAGAAAUCAAUAAGUCAUAUGUCAGCAGCAUCAAGUUCUGCCAAGGCUGUACGAUCUAACCACACUGUUCCUCAGCCAUUUGCUCUUGCAACUGAAAAGCGUGCUUCUAGUGCAAAUCGUGCUUUUGUUGCUGAAGCUGCUAACGAGGGAGACAAAGAUCCUAAUGCAGAUGUGCAAUCGUCCGACGUCCAGAAGAAGGCUCAGAGUAACUUAACAGUCACGUCUAGGAGGCCAUUGCAUCCUGAUAACAUCAUGUACUCAGAUGAAGAGGAUUCUUGCUCCAUUACUUCUGCUACCGCACCUUCUAUAAGAAAUUUGAAAGUUAAUACAACAGUGGCAAUUGCCCCUACAUUCAAAUGUAGUGAACGUGCAGAGAGGCGGAAGGAGUUCUAUUCAAAAUUAGAAGAGAAACAUCAGGCUCUCGAAGCAGAGAAACUUGAAUGUGAAGCUAGGACCAGGGAAGAGAAAGAGGCAGCUCUAAAGCAACUAAGGAAGAGUUUGAAUUUCAAAGCAACGCCAAUGCCUAGCUUCUACCAUGAGGGGCCUCCGCCAAAGCUUGAACUAAAGAAGCUGCCUCCAACUCGGGCUAAAUCACCCAAGCUUGGUCGACGGAAGAGCUGUGGCGACGCAAGCAAUCUGGCUUUAGGAGACUACGGUCGGCAUCAACAUCACAAUUUUGGUACUUCUGAGGAUCCUCCGAACAAGUUACAGAGUAAUACCAAGAACAGUAACACAACUAAAGCCAAAGAAGGGGUUAAAUCCACGAGGGAGAAGUCUAAGCAUCAAGGUGACGAGGUAGCAGCUCAGGCUCCCUCUGACAACACUGUGCAAGGUCAAGCUGACACUGGUGUCAGUGUGCAGCCCUGAUGCUGCAUUUCCAUGCCCUUUUGAUCCUUAAUUUUUCUUAAAUCCAACCUAUAAUUUAUCUCUACAUGAAAGUGUCAGCUUUUGUAGAUUGGUAACCAAUGUGAGAAAUCGUUGUCACUGUUGUCAAUUUUGUAUCUAUGUUACGAUCCUGACAGUCGGUGAGAACUGCUGGAAAUACUUGUCUCGUUAACCUUUUUGAUUUGAAUUAUAAACUUUCACUUGCA